ACGCUAGCCCCCCAUCCAUCCAGAGCCUCGUGCGUCUCAUCAUCGCUACCUCCUUCCAGGUGUUUCGUGUGCAAUGCUGUGAGCAAAGGCUUGUCGGGCUUCUUCCCCAAACUGGGACAGUCGUGGAAAUCAGAUAAAACGACUUGGUAAAAUGACCUCUUUUCACGUUGCUGAAGAGCCUAUUAAAAAGGUUGCUGUCUUUGGAGGAACGCAUGGGAAUGAGCUAACGGGAGUAUUUCUAGUUAAGCAUUGGCUAGAGGAUGGCGCUGAGAUUCAGAGAGCAGGGCUGGAGGUAAAGCCAUUCAUUUCCAACCCAAGAGCAGUGAAGAAGUGUUCCAGAUACAUUGACUGUGACCUGAAUCGAGUUUUUGACAUUGAAAAUCUUGGCAAAAACAGGUCAGAAGAUUUGCCAUAUGAAGUAAGAAGAGCUCAAGAAAUAAAUCAUCUAUUUGGUCCAAAAGAUAGUGAAGAUGCCUAUGAUGUUAUUUUUGACCUUCACAACACUACAUCUAAUAUGGGGUGCACCCUUAUUCUUGAAGAUUCCAAGAGUGACUUUUUAAUUCAGAUGUUUCAUUAUAUCAAGACUUCUUUGGCUCCAUUGCCCUGCUAUGUUUAUCUUAUUGAGCAUCAUUCCCUCAAAUAUGCAACCACUCGUUCUAUAGCCAAAUAUCCUGUUGGUAUAGAAGUUGGACCCCAGCCUCAAGGGGUUCUGAGAGCUGAUAUUUUAGAUCAAAUGAGAAAAAUGAUUAAACAUGCUCUUGAUUUUAUACAACAUUUCAAUGAAGGAAAAGCGUUUCCUCCCUGUGCUAUUGAGGUCUAUAAAAUAAUGGAAAAAGUUGAUUAUCCAAGGAAUGAAAGUGGAGACAUUGCUGCUUGUAUUCAUCCUCAUCUGCAGGAUCAAGACUGGAAACCCCUGACACCUGGGGCGCCUGUGUUUCUAACUUUUGAUGGAAAGACUAUUCCACUGGAUGAAGGCUGUACCGUGUACCCUGUGUUUGUGAACGAGGCUGCGUAUUAUGAGAAGAAAGAAGCCUUUGCGAAGACAACGAAGAUAACACUCAAUGCCGGAAGUAUUUGCUCCUCUCUGCAUUAGAAAUCACUUUGAGCUUACUUCUUACACGGUAUUUGGACGACUCUACUAGUCUGUAAGUCCCUUGAGGGCAAGAUCGUGCCUUGGUCAACUUCAUACCACUUACCUGAGUGCCUUGCACACAGUUGACAUUCAUGCAAUCUUUCUAGAAUGAACGAAUAUAUUUUAAAGCUAUCAUAUUUUACAUAUGCCACUCAUCAGUGAAGCAUAUUUCCUAUUUUACAUAUUUUACUUAAAAAGUUAAAUUUUUAACAAAUAGCCUUUAAAUUCCAAAUAUACAAUUGAAAUGCAUUCAAAAACUUAUUCACAAGUAGAGGUUUAAAUGCAUGUUUUCAAAUAAGGGACAAAUGCUAUUAGCAACUGAUGGCUUUUAAUACUUGUAAUUUUAUAUCUAAAUUAAUGAUAAUAUAUUAAUUAUUUUGUCUAACUUUAACAAUGGUUGUGAUCUUAGGAAAAAUUUUAAGUGCUCUUUUGCAAAUGAAAUGUGAAAGUGAAAUGGGGACUGAUUAUAAAGGUGCUAUUAUGAGUUAAGAGUUGUAUGAGCCCCUAAUAAAAUGAUUUUUAAAAAUAAAUUUAAAAAUUUUUUUAAAGAAA